AUGAGCACCGUGUGGUUCAUCACGGGCUCCUCCCGAGGACUCGGCAAGGCGAUCGCGACCUACGCCCUCGAGAAUGGCAACAAAGUUGUCGCCACGGCAAGGAAGACGGACAGCAUAGCCGACCUGGUCAAAAGAUACGGUGACGACCGCAUCUUGGCACUCCCGCUCGACGUGGCAGACUACAAAGCCUGCGAAGUGUCCGCCGAGAAAGCUAUUCAAAAGUUCGGCCGCGUGGACAUCCUCGUCAACAACGCCGGAUACAGCGACCUCGCGUCCGUGGAGGAUAUGACCGUGAAGGCCUUCCGAUCGCAAAUCGACACUAACCUGUACGGUGUCUACAACGUCUGCAAGGCUUUCCUCCCUGCACUCCGCAAGCAGGGCAGUGGGCACAUCUUCCAAGUCUCGUCCUUGGGCGACAGGAUAUCUACCCCGGGACUCAGCGCCUACCAAACAGCCAAAUGGGCCGUUGCCGGGUUUUCGGGCGUGCUGGCGGCUGAAGUCCAAUCUCUUGGUAUCAAGGUGACCACGCUCGAGCCGGGAGCCAUGGUGACUGAUUGGUUUGGCUCAUCGAUGGAUAAACCACAUCCCAGUGAGCCAUACCGUGAGGUCAUCGACACAUCCGUUCAGAGAAUUCAAGGCGCCAUGGACAAUGCUACCACCAAGGUGGAGAAGGUCGCCGCUCUGAUUGCGAGGAUAUACAAGGAGAGCGACCCGCCAGUUCGGUUGCUCGUGGGUGAAGAUGCGGCAACGUAUGGUCCAAUGCUUUCGAAUUUGUUGAAGCAGUCAGACGAAAAAUGGGACGAGGCCACUCGUUCGGUCGUGUAG